AAUAAUUCAUUCUGAUUACCGAAGUAAUUUUCAAUCAUGGCUUCUUCUCCUGCAAAGAACAAGAUCUCUGUUUCUCCUUCUUCUCUUUUGUCUUCCUCUUCUCCUUCAAUGCCUUCCAGACCAAACCCUAAACUCAGAAACUCGGAGACCGGAGAUCUGAUGCGUCGCAGUUUCCGAGGCAACCCAUUUCCGGCAGAUCCGUCCCGGAGAAACUCAAUCGGUAGAGAAUGCAGCAAUCGUGUUGAGUUUGGAGAUAAAGAGAAUCAGAACGACAAGGAUCAAAUCUCUAAUGUCGUCAAAGUUCCAACAAAAGGUUCCAAGCACUUCAUGUCACCGACAAUUUCAGCCGUUUCCAAGAUCAAUCCAUCGCCGAGGAAGAAGAUCUUGUCUGAUAAAAACGAAGUGUCUCGGUCCUUUGACAAAACCCAUCAUCACGUUCAGGUAAAGUCUUCUGUCUCAUUUUCUGAUGUGGUUAGCAUCAUUGGGGAAGAUAAAGAUCAAGAGGAGACUUGCAUCGAUGAAAAGAAGCAGCUUCACGAAGAGGAAUCACAUGACACUACUGUCACUGAUUUCGAUGAGAUUCUUCAGAACAAGAGUAAUGAUGAUUCAAGCUUCAAGAUCAGUCCUCUUCCUCCUUCUGUUCCAUACACAUUCCCUGUGUUUGAGUCUCAUGAAGUGGAUCCUUUGGUGGCGCCUUAUGAUCCAAAGAAAAAUUACCUGUCACCGAGGCCUCAGUUUCUUCAUUACAAGCCAAAUCCAAGAAUUGACCAUCACUUUGAUGAGUGCAAGCAGCUUGAGGAGCUUUUUAUCUCUGAAAGCUCUUCUUCUGACACUGAUUUGUCUGCAGAGGAAAGCCAACAAGAUGAGGAAGUUGCUUCUCAGGAAGGUGUAGUUACAGUAGAAGAAGACGCAGAGGAAAUUCUGGAUGUGGAUGGUGAAGAGCGUUUGGAAGCAGCAGUGAGUGAUGAUGAAGAAGAAGAAGAAGUAGUUGGUGAAAGCAUUGAAGAAGAAGAAACUCAUCAGAUUUCAAAACAGUCUCGUUUCAAGACAUCCAAGUUGUUUGGUUGGAUUUUUGCUCUUGGUGUGGCGUAUCUGUUGGUGGUUUCUUCAACAACUUUUUCUCAACCAAGCUUCAUUAAGGACUCACCUUUCUAUCAGUCUCACAUCUCAUCAGAAAUCAUAAUGUCUGCAAGCGAGAACUUUGAGCAGUUGGGUGCAAAGCUGAGGAUGUGGGCAGAAUCGUCACUUGUAUAUCUUGAUAAGCUGAUCUCAAGUCUACGAGAAGAAGAGGGAUAUGUUCCUUUUCAAUUUCAUAACUUGACAGAUGUUUUGGAAGACAAAAGAUUGUCUGAUACUAUUUUCCAGCCAACUAGUGGUGAAAUCAGUGUUGCUGGGUUCAUAGUGGAUAGCCAAGACUGGAGCUUAGAGAUGGAUAUAGAAGAAGAGUCUGUUGGUCAUCAGGAACCUGAAGAAGAACCGGAGAACAGCGGUGAAAUCAGUCUUGAACCUGUCUACGAAGAGGGUGAUAAUGAAGGAGAAGAGGUAAACUCAGAAAUUGUUGAUGAAUUUGAUGAGCAGGCUGAGAUCAAGAUAGCCACAGAUACAGAGGUGAAUGGAGGUGAAGAAUAUUCAGAAUCUCUUUCUGAAGAAGGAAAUGGUGGCCAAGAAACCGAUGCUGUUGAAGGGCAGGGAGAAUAUGAAGAAAAUGACCAGAAGAACAUCGAGGAAAGUCAUGAAUCUGAAACUGGAUUUGCCCAAAAUGAUGAGAAGAACAUGGAAGAAGCUGAUUCCGACGCACACCAGCUUGAUGAUGUGGAGUCUGCUGCAAUCAGUGGUCACCAGCAAGAACAAACAAAAGUAGCCAAUGUUGAAACUGUACCAGAAGAAGAAGGUGUUGGGGAAAUUGCUGGAAGUAGCCGCAGUGUUUCAGAAGAAGCUACAGAUUUUGAACAUGAUGGUAAUGAUUUAGAAGAAGAAGAGAGUGGGUUUGCUGAAGUUGUUAAUGAUGCAGGCUCGGAGAAGAUUUUAUUGAGUAACCAGAAGAAAGUGAUAGUCUUGUUUUCGACUAUGAUGAUUCUACUUGCAGCAGUAGCAGCUGGUUUCUUAUUAACCAAGAAGAAGACAAAACCUGUGAUGUUGCAACAUGAAGAUGGUGAACCAACAACAAUCUCUGCAACUAAAGUUGUUGAGCAUGUGCCAGUAGAGAAUCUGAUAAAAGAAAGGCUUUCUUCACUGAAUUUCAAGGAGGAAGAAGAAGAAGUUGGUGAUGACAGAAAAAGAGAGGUAUCAUCAUUCCCUACUGAGAUGAGUUUCAGUUUCAGUAAGAACAAAUCAUUACACAGCUGCAGCAACAACAGAGAUGAUCUUAAAGAUUAUCAAAGCGGAGGGGAAGGCAAGAAGAGUAAUGAUAGCUGCGAAUCCAUGGCUUCCUCUGCAUCAGAAUACUCCAUAGGCUCUGUAUCAUAUGGAAGUUUCACAACAUACGAGAAGAUACAAACGAGAAGUGGUCACAAAGAGAAAGAGAUGAUAACACCUGUGAGACGUUCAAGCAGGAUCAGGAACCAUCAACAUUCUGGACAAUGAAUUAGAAUUAGCUUUUGACUUUAUGAUCUACUGAUUUGUAGGAAGCUUUUCCAUCUCACUGAAGCUUGAUUAGUAUGUUGCUUUCUUGUUGCUGAUCUUUGCUUUUUAGGUUUGAUUCUCUCCUUUAAAGUUUCUGGCUUUACGAUUUGUUU